AAAGAAACAGGAGAGCAUGUGGCGAAUUUCUCCGUGACACAACGAGAACCCGUCCGCGUGCUUUUCGUGACUUGCGUUCCCGGGCCCGACCCCGAGCGAGUGGAAACGCACCCGCGCCCCGAGCAGAAACGCACGUCGCCAACUUUGCCGUGCCGUUACGGCGGUUUGGCUACCAUGCCACGCCAUUUUUAUGUUUUUUAUUUUUACUGCUCCUCCCCGUCCUCUUGAUUCCACUCCAUGCUGCUGCCUCUCAUGGUUUUCUUUUCUUUAUUAAUAAAAAGAAAUGUACCGCUUCAUUUGACGCCGCACUGCACUGGUCCCGAGUACAGCGCUAGCCCUCUUCCUCUUCCUCGCUAUACAGUACUUCCCAGCAGAGCAGAGAGCUGAGACGAAAACGAGAAGAUCCCAUCCACUACCGCCCGGUCGCCGUCCUCCCUUCCCGCCGCGCCCCUCCUGUUCCACCCGCUCCGCUUUGCUCGCCGCAGAUCGCCCUCAGGAUUUUAUUCCGCCCUCCGUCUCCGGGCUCGCUUGGAUCGAGAUGGGCGUCUGCGCGUCCAAGGCCGCCUACUCCUGCUGCUGCUGCUGCUGCUGCCGCGAGCCGCACAACGGGGUUACUAACGAGAGGACCGAUGCUGUAACGGAUGACGAGGAGGCAUACGACCUGCCUGCGUUCCAGGAGUUUACCUUCGAGCAGUUGCGGCUAGCUACAUCAGGGUUUGCGGUGGAGAACAUCGUGUCUGAGCAGGGUGAGAAGGCUCCCAAUGUGGUAUACAAGGGGAAGCUCCAUGCCCAGCGCCGCAUCGCCGUCAAGCGCUUCAACCGCUCUGCCUGGCCCGACCCGCGCCAGUUCCUGGAAGAAGCUAGAUCAGUUGGCCUGCUCCGAAGCAAAAGGUUGGCAAAUUUGCUUGGCUGUUGCUGCGAAGGUGAUGAAAGGUUGCUUGUUGCAGAAUACAUGCCCAAUGAUACGCUCGCGAAACAUCUUUUCCACUGGGAGUCACAAUCAAUGAAAUGGACCAUGAGAUUAAGGGUUGUUCUCUGUCUUGCUGAGGCUUUAGAAUAUUGCACCAACAGGGGCCGUGCUCUCUACCAUGAUCUCAAUGCCUAUAGAGCUCUGUUUGAUGAUGAUUGUAACCCUAGACUUUCCUGUUUUGGCCUCAUGAAGAACAGUCGUGAUGGAAAAAGUUAUAGCACCAAUUUGGCAUUUACGCCUCCAGAAUACAUGAGGACUGGACGUAUUACUCCUGAAAGUGUCAUACACAGCUUUGGAACCUUACUGAUUGAUGUUCUUAGUGGGAAACAUAUUCCUCCUAGCCAUGCCCUUGACCUGAUUCGGGACCGAAACUUCAAUAUGCUCUUAGACUCAUGUUUAGAGGGUCAAUUUUCAAAUGAGGAAGGGGCAGAAAUGGUACGAUUAGCUUCAAGGUGCCUUCACUAUGAACCCCGUGAACGACCUAAUGUCCGAUCACUUGUGCAAGUAUUGACUCCUCUACAGAGGGAUGUUGAGACUCCAUCUUAUGUGCUGAUGGGUGUUCCACGUGGCGGUGCAUCUUCUAUCCAACCAUUGCAUCUUUCCCCUCUUGCCGAAGCUUGUUCCAGAAAGGAUCUGACAGCAAUACAUGAAAUUCUAGAAAAGACAGGCUACAAGGAUGAUGAGGGGACUGCAAAUGAGCUCUCGUUUCAGAUGUGGACAAAUCAGAUGCAAGAUACACUGAACUCAAAAAAGAAGGGUGACAAUGCUUUUCGACAAAAGGAUUUUACUACUGCCAUUGAUUGCUAUUCCCAGUUCAUUGAAGUUGGUACAAUGGUAUCUCCAACCAUUUAUGCUCGACGCUGCUUAUCAUAUCUGAUGAAUGACAUGCCACAGGAGGCAUUGAAUGAUGCAGUGCAUGCUCUGGUAAUAUCUCCGACAUGGUCAACAGCAUUCUAUCUUCAGGCAGCAGCACUUUUAUCACAAGGCAUGGAGAAUGAAGCCCAAGAAGCACUCAGGGAUGGUUAUAGCCUAGAGCAAAGUAGCAGCGGUGGACAUUGAGUGUGAACAGAUUUGUAGUCCCCCAAAUGCACAUAAUUUCAGGUGCUUGUUUGAAGAGAGUAUUAUUGUCUAUGGAAGCAGCCAUCGGAUGUACAUAUGGAAGAAAGCGAUAACAGAGGCUGGCUCUGAAGGAGAGGGCAAAGACAUCCGAGGUGAAUAAGUGCAGUAGACAGGAAAUUAAUGGGGUGAAGAAGGUGAAACAUUUUUCUUGGUCCUACUGAAACAAAAGAAGGAAAACGUAGGGGGAAAAAGGUUGCUGAUGUACAUGUCUAUCCUUGUUGGUGGUAGCCUGGUAGGUGCGUAAACCUGUACAGCAAGCGUGGUUUUUACCUUGUCUUUGUUCUUCGUUUCUUAUGCGUUAGCUCCCAUUGAUAUAUUUCUGCAUAAGAUAGUGGAAUUCUUUUAAAAGGAAAAAAAUGUCAGCGUUCUGGCUGUUCCAUUUCUUGCUCA